AUGGAAAAACUGAGCACUUUAAAGCCUUUUGAUGAGAAAUCUAAAAAGAAGGACCAGUCACUAAUUGCAGCCUACAGUGAGACACUAGCUACAGUAUGGUACACAGUCAAAGUUUCGAGUUUAGUACUAUUUCUACUAUAUAUUGCUAUACCUAUAUUUGUAAGAGCUAACCCAUGGAUUCUACCUAAAGUUGUCUUCUCUAAUGUCAUUCGGUGGCCACCAUUUAUAGAUUUCAAACAACCAUCAGAUUUCGGAUUAAAUGUAACUCGUAAUUUUUACCUCACAACAGAUGAUGGUGUACAGAUUGGAGUUUGGCAUACUUUACCAGAAAGUGUAGCAGAAGUGUACCCUGAUACAGGUGUACCAGAUGAUAAAUUUGAACAUCAUUUAUCUGAUGGUAAAAAAAUAAUAGUUUAUUUACAUGGUAAUAGUGGUACAAGAGGUGGUUGGCAUCGUGUUCAGUUAUAUAAAUUAUUUUCCAGUUUAGAUUUUCAUGUUGUUGCUAUAGAUUACAGAGGAUUUGGUGAUUCUGGUGGAAAUCCAACAGAAGAUGGUGUUGUCUCUGAUGCCUAUCAUAUUUAUCAUUGGGUCAAACAAAGAAGUGGUGAUUCACCAGUUUUUCUCUGGGGUCAUUCCUUAGGCACUGCGAUCACUACCAAACUAGCCAGAAAACUUUGUGAUGAAGAUGAACAUCCACUAGGUGUUGUUUUAGAAGCUCCAUUUAAUAAUAUCAAUGAAGCUGCUGCUAAUCAUCCUUUCGCUUUUCCAUAUAAAAUGCUUCCCUGGUUUAGUGAUAUAUUUAUUAACAGUAUUGGUGAACAUGGUAUUUUCUUUUCUACAGAUAAAAGUGUAGAACAUGUGACCUCUCCUAUUAUGAUUUUACAUGCAGAGGAUGAUGCUGUUGUACCCUAUCAUCUAGGAAUGAAGUUAUUUGAAGCUGCUAAAGAAAUUCGACCAGAUACUCAUGGUGAUGUAGAAUUUGUAACCUUCCCUGGUCACCAUGGUUACGGACAUAAACAUAUCUUUAAAGCUCCUGAAUUACCAGAGGUCAUCAGAGGUUUUAUGGAGAGAAGUAUUAUAAAAAGAAAUGAAAAACUGAAAAAGACAUAAAAGGAUUCUCACAAAUGUUUUUAAGAUAUUUUACUGGGUAAAAAACAAAAUUUUUAUAUCAAGCUUGAAUUUUUUUAGAUUUUUGUUUUAUACAAUAGAGGUACCAUUGGCUAAAAAAGUUAACUAUGUGAAGUCUCAAUUAUUGAAUCGGAGUUGAAAGGCACAAGUGUAGAGCAUCAUUAGGUGUAUCUUAAAUGUACAGAUGUCCUCCGUUGUAAACAUAUGUAGACUGCUAGUUCCAUAGUCUAUUUGAAUUCUUAGUUUACCUAUGGCAAGACUUGACUUAUUUAGCAGAGUUAGCAAUUUCUCUUGACUUGUUUUGGGACCUUGGAAUCAGUAGCCUUAAGGUAUCGUGUAUGUUCAAGCAGAGAAUUUUGUUUUUCAAUUUUUAAUUUGAAAUAUGUCGCAUAAGCCGUUAAUGAAAUGAUCUCAGGGUGGAAAUCAUUCCAAUGUUUUGUGUUUUUAUUUGUGUUGAUUUUUUGUGUUAAU